GGUUUCAGUAAUUUCUUAUCAAUGUGGCAAUUCCAAGUAGUCAUGUGCUGUCUGCUGAACUUCUAAAAUAGCUGUGACAACCGGCAACUGUGUUUACUGUGUCAUAUGAUUCUUAGUGUACUCCCUGACGUAAAAUUUUCUUGUUCAGUAUAUUUCUUAUUUCACUCAUAGCUGGUGAUUAAACAUCAUUUAUUUUAUUCUUCUGUAUUUUAAUUUUUGCGCAAAAUGAAGCUGUAUAUUGGAUUAAUGUUAUUAUGCGCUUUCGAAACUUUGCUGGCUAAUCGAUUACACAGAAUUUCUCUUUUUCGAAUGCAAUCUGUUCGGCAACAUCUACUUGAAGUUAAAACACCUGUUAAAAUAGCUUUGCCCAAGAAUAGGUUUCUCAAUGCUGGUCCAUUUCCUGAGCCAUUGUCUAAUUACUUAGAUGCUCAAUAUUAUGGACCUAUUUCUAUUGGGACUCCACCUCAGAAUUUUAAAGUUGUUUUUGAUACUGGAUCUUCAAAUCUAUGGGUGCCAUCAAAGAAAUGCAAAUGGACAAAUGUAGCAUGUUUACUUCAUAAUAAAUAUGAUAGUGAGAAAUCUAGCACUUACAAACCCAAUGGAACAUCAUUAGAAAUUAGAUAUGGAAGUGGAAGUAUGACAGGAUUUUUAAGCACUGAUGUUGUAACAGUUGGAGGAUCAAAAAUUCAGGAUCAAACAUUUGGUGAAGCUGUAACAGAACCUGGACUGGCAUUUGUGGCAGCUAAAUUUGAUGGUAUUCUAGGCUUGGGAUUUAGUACUAUUUCCGUAGAUGGAGUUGUACCUGUCUUUGAUAAUAUGAUAAAACAAAAACUUGUGCAGCAACCGAUAUUCUCUUUUUAUCUUAAUCGCAACCCAAAUGCAAGUGUUGGAGGAGAAAUCAUAUUUGGAGGUAGUGAUCCUGACCAUUAUAGAGGCAACUUUACAUAUGUUCCAGUUGAUAGAAGGGGCUAUUGGCAAUUUCCUAUGGAUGGUUUAUCUGUAAAUGGCAAAUCAGGUGUAUACUGUGCUGGUGGCUGUCAAGCUAUUGCAGAUACUGGAACUUCUCUCAUUGCUGGUCCUGUUGCUGAAAUAGAGAAACUUAACAAAGAAAUUGGAGCAACGCCUUUGGCACAAGGAGAAUAUGUUGUGGAUUGCAAAUUAAUUCCAAACCUGCCGAAAAUUUCAUUAGUAUUUGGUGGAAGGAAUUUUGAUCUCCAGGGUUCUGAUUAUGUUCUACAAGUAUCACAGAUGGGUCAAACUAUAUGUUUAAGUGGAUUCUUAGGCCUUGAUGUUCCAAAACCAAUGGGUCCACUUUGGAUAUUAGGUGAUGUUUUCAUUGGGCGAUAUUAUAGUGAAUUUGACUACGGCAACAGCAGAGUAGGCUUUGCAGAUGCAGCAUAAUCAAAUAUACUUUCUGAAAACACAGCAUUUCAUUUUGUGCAUUUUCUUUUAUAUACACUCUUAGGUUAUUUUAGUUUUUAAAGAUUCAGUUUAUUUAAAAUGAAUAUUUUUCUGUUAAAUCAGAGUUUCUUAAACAUUUUUCAGUCGCGACCCCUUUUUAUCACCGAGACUUUUUUCGCGAUCCUAAGGACCGCAUAAGUAUUGCGAAAAUCCGACACAUGCGUGAGUGAAACUGUCAAUUCUUUCACUAGUACAGUAACAUACUACUGCAGUUUUAGGUAAUUAACUUUAAUUUCUAAUUUUAAUACAUAGAACAAUGUGAAAAUUUAAAAUAAGUAACAGAUAAAAUGUCAGAGUCGUGUGCAAAGCAAGGAAAAUGAAUGUUUAUAUUAUAAAAAGAAUACAUCGAAAGUUUUUUUUUUCCCCUUUGUGUGUAUUGUCUUAUCUUUAUCUAUUUUUAGAUACAUUGUGUAAAAAUAUUUGGUAACUGUAAAAUUAUUAUAAGUUAAAGAAAUAUCAAAAUUGCUAAAAUUUUUGGCGACCCCCCCCUUGCUACAGGUCUCGCAACCCCCAGUUUAAGAAACCCUGUGUUAAAUCAUGGUAUGUUACUUAAUUGUUUUAUUUUAUUUUUUUCUCAAUGCACUGAAAUAUUUGUAAAAUGAAUAAUAACUCAUGCAGCAUACUACCUAUUAUUAAAAUGCGUAGUGAUGCAAGUUGUGGAAUAUUAGCAUUUAUUUUUAAAUGGCAUGUUAUAUUUUAGAUUUACAUAUUUAAUGUCAAUUUUUAUAAUAAAGAGCUAAUAGGAGAACAA